AUGAUUUUAAUUCUCUUAUAUGGAUUCUUAAUAAUUUCUCACUGUUAAGAAUGUACAACUACUAUUAAAGGAAUAUUUUCUAAAUAAAUCUAUGAAUUUGAAAGAUCAAUAAAUCAAUUAAGAAAUGAGGUAGCUUAAGCAAGACAGUAAAAUCAUUUGGGAUAAUUUGAAUAUGCUGCUAAUAUGUAAAUUACAACUUGGUCAAUUGGUUUAUCAAGAGGUGCUUAAAAUUGUGCUGAAAGAUGCCCAGAUUCUCUUAGUACUUGUAAAAACGUAUUAUAUAAAUCAUACAAAGCUAAAAGGAGAUUUUGGUGUGCUCUUUUAUUAAAGAAUGGUUGAAUCUUCAGGUGUUGAAUGGAAUCCUUAAGAGAUAGUGAAAAAAUGGAUGUAAAAUUAAUAAAAUGCUGAGUAAUUACUCAUAGCAACAAUUUAAUAAUUUGGUUGUGGAAGAGCAAUUAAGAAAUCAAUAGAUAAAUAUAUGGAAUAUGUUGUUUGUUUUUUUGAUUAAGUUUCUAAUGAAAUUUAUAUUUUAGGCACCUAUUUAUGGAAAGCCUCCUUAUAUAGUUGCCAAUGAAAAAUCAAUUGCUAAAGCUUGUAGAUUUGGUAGAUCAAAUCAAUAUAGUGGAUUAUGUGCAAGUUCUUACAAUAAGAUGCUUAUUAUGAAUCCAGAACAUUCAACUAGAAUAUUUGAAAGCUUGGAUUAAUAAUAAAAAUAAUGAUGAUAAUAUUAAUAUUAUUAUGUAUAAGUUCAUAAAUAACUACAUAACAGGAAGAUUUAAACUGCAAUAUUAUUUCUAAGGGUGUUAAUUCAAAAUAGGCUUCUUAAUUUGAAUAGAAUUUGAAUAAAAUUCGAAAUGACGUA